AUCGUGACGAAGUAGAGAAGGCUAAACAUAAUACGAAGACAUAUAGCUUCAAAAAUGUCCAUGAACAAAGCUCUUUGUACAAAUGGAAGACUAACCCUUCAUGGAGACUAUGUUGUGUACCAUCAAGAUGGCGUCGAGUUUACACUCGAGGGUGACGAGAUUCCGAGUUUCUUGAAAGGUUCAAAGAAAGGAAAUAUUUUCAUCACUACUCAGAAAGUCAUAUUUGCGCCUACAACGGGAUCCACUUAUGGUUCCUUUUCGAUGAAUUUUCACAGUAUUCGGAAUGUUGAGGUCAAGCAGCCAAUGUUUGGUGCUAAUUAUGUUAAAGGAGAUGUAAUUUCUGAGCCAGAUGGUGGCUGGCAUGGCAGAGGAUUAUUUAAGGUAACCUUCAACAGUGGUGGAGCUAUAGAAUUUGCAGAACACUUUAAACGUGCUGUAGCUAGUGCCCACAGGCCAGGUGCUCAGCCACCACCACCAGCUGGACAAGCUCCAUUCAUGAAUGGUGGCGGCAAUUACUACAAUAAUAUGUACCCAACACAACCUGGCUAUUAUCCAGCUCCAGGACAAGCAUUUUACCCAGCCCCAGUCCCUGGAGGAUAUACCGGCUAUCCACCUCCAGUUGGUGUAAUGGGUCAGCCGCCACCAUACCAGCCCCAUGAAAACCCCCCUCCUUAUCCAGGACAGGCUGCUCCAUCUGCACCACCACCACCUUCUGAUGGUUAUGUAAGCUACUCAUAUGGAGAUGCAAAAGCAAGAGAAGCUUACAGCACAGGACAAAAUGUUUACGUGCCUAGCCCACAGGCUCCACCUCCAUAUGCACCACCUCCAUAUGGAGAUGCUGACAAGAAGAAUGUUUAAUAAUUUAUUGUGGAAAGGUGAAAAGGAAAUGAAUUGAUUAGUUAGACUGUAGCAUGCAUUUUAGCACAUAAUGUUCAUCAUCUCCUUGUCCCUGUGUUAGCUUAUCUUUUCCGCUCUAUUUCACAAGAAUACAUUGCUUUGAUGAUUGAUGUUAAUGUUAGGCAGUGAUGCUGUAUUGAAAUUAUUGAAGAUAGUUAUUUCAAACUUAAUUGUUCAUAUAGAAAGAUAAUACUAUGGUAUGUACAGGAAUUGCUCUGUGGGUGAAAGAAUAAAAGGGAAAAUACAAACCACUAGUAAUACAACAAGUUAAGCAAUUACAAACUACAUGUAUAAAAUAACGGAGAUUCCUUUUGCUUUUAUUAUAUAGUAAAAAGUGAUUAAAAUAAAAAGACAAAAAGGUAAUUUGUAAAUACGUUAUAUUAUGAUAUAUAUCAACUUUUUGUGAGUGGAGGAGGACAUUGGGGUUUGCGGUAUUGCAGUACUGGACAAUUUUUCUUGUGGCAUUGUGGUAAUUUUAAUCCUGAAAUGCGGUAUUGUGGUAUUCUCUGAACCUGUGGGAUGCGGUUUUUUUUAGCAUUUUGGGUGGUAUUAGAUAUUAUCCUCCAAGUCCUCUAAUGUUUUCUUAGUCUCUUUCAAUUUCCAAUUGGACAUUCCCAAUGAAACUUAGCUCUCUUGGUAACGGAAAACUGCGAUUCUUUGUGUCACAAUUGGAAAAGGGUUAGUUAUGUUUUGAUAGUUAUUAUUAGUCAACAUGCCAAUAGAUGUUACCUAUUUUGCUUAUUUUGUCUAAGUCGAAAGUUACCUGACUUAACAUUCUUUAACAAAUUCUUCAUUGUUAGUAGGGUAAUGGUUUUGGUAUGACAUUGAGUUUCGAUUUGGUAUUGAAGUAUUGCGAUAUUUGGUGAUUUUUUUUUUCUUGCGAUACUGUGGUAUUUGCCAGUUUUUUUUGUGGCACUGCAGUGUUCAGAAGCCCCCAAUGUCCCCUUCUGAAUGGUACAAUCCUUGCUUAAUAGUUACCAUUGCCAAGAACAACUUUAGUCUGAGAAGGUAGAAUUGAGGGCAUAAAAAUGAAUGGAAUUCCGUAGAAUUCGAAUAUUUUAAUUAUUUUAUAAUUAUAAUCAUGGUGGAGUUUGUAGCUUUUCUGCAUUUUAUUUUCAUUAAUUCAGCACAGAAAUUUGUUGGCAGAUUCGGUUUGCAGUAGUUCUCUGUGUUGUUCCCAAGUAACCAGAUGCUUGAAAAAGCCUUGGGAAGUUCUUGCCAAGAAGUUGUACCUCCCUGCCCAUUUUUGUAGAUUCCAAGCCAUCUUUUACUGAGCGUUUAUAUGACGAAUAUUGGGUCCCUUCCAACACGGCCAAAAAUUCUCCUCGCCUGUUUUGCACAUGCUCUGUCAGUUUUCUGCCUUUGAAAGAUAGCUGGUGCAACAGGCAUAAAAAGGGGAAGAAAAGUGGGAAAUCAAAUAUGCAAAUUGUUAUUUAUAUGGAAAAUUUUUUUUACUCCCUAACUGAAAAGGUCACAGUUCACCUGCUUUCCCCCCUCCCUUCUCCACGUUAGCCAACUUUGUGAUUGUACUUGUAAAUGGUGAACAGGUACUUAUAAUGCAAUGUUUGUUUACCCAUCUGGAUGACUCUGUAUAAGGGGGGUCCUUCUAGCAGGCACAACUUCACCGAAAUGUCACAAAAUGAACUGCUUAUAUUGCAGAAAUUAGUAGUCAUUGAAUCGGAAUUAUAAGAAGUAUAUAAGUACUGUGUUUCUGUAAAAAAUAAAUGUUGGAAAAUAAUUAAACUGUUCCCAUUGUGAAAUAAAUCAUGUUUGUUUGGUCAUCAA